AUGGCAUCCAGUUCUACAGGCCAGCACGAGACGCCAGCGGAGACGGAUUCGUGCUGGUCGUCAAUCGUUCCAACGCAGAGAGAGAGGCUACGGAAGUGCGGAAGGAGAGCGUUAUGCGUGGACGAUACGUCCAACCUAACGUCCUACUCGCUAACAUUGGCCACUGUAAUUGUUGCGGAUGAAUGGCACAUAGCUCUCCCAACUGCAUACCUCCUCUCUUGCAGAGCAUCCAAUGGUUCGCACGAUCAUAUACCUGCAAGAACAAAGGAUGGCAGAAGGCACAGCAAGGUAUGUGAGGAUGAACGUAAAGAAGAAGAAGAAGAACGAUGA